AUGUCUGCUGAAGAAGGUUCAAUCGAUGUCCCCUCCGACGAUGCUCCGGAAUUGGAUGAUACUCCUGAAGUCGAGGAUGCUCCAGUAAAUGAUGCAGGUUCAGAAGAAUAUGAUACUUCAGAAGGCAAUGAUGCUCCAGAAGUCGAUGAAGUGUACUACAUCACAUUGAUUUCAAUGGAUCAACAGGAAGUGAGGAUGUCGUCAGAUGCACUCUGUCAAUCAAAAGCACUCCUCAAUGCGGUUGACGGUCUCCAACGUGCUGAAAAACAACUUGAAGUAACCGUUCAAAUCGCCAACAUCACUGGAACAACUCUCUGUCAAAUUGUCGAGUGGUGUGAGCAACACAAGGGAGAGCCGAUUCCAGUAGAUAAGGAGAGUGAACAUCAACCGAUAUAUAUCCCACAAUGGGAUAAAGAGUUCCUCGAUGGGUGUGACUUGAAUGAAUUGCUCCCAGCUGCCUUCGAGUUGCAAAUUAAACGACUCUUGGACUACGGAUGCAAGGCAAUGGCUCUCAUAACCAAAGGAAAGUCUUUAGAUGAGCUUCGAGAUGUCUUCGGCAUCGAAAAUGAUGAGGAGGAAGAUAAUGAAGCAGCUGGACUGGUUAACUAA